UCCUUUCCGAAUACUUUUUAUUUACUUCAGCUGGUCUUCGGAAUAUUAAUAAGCCGCUUCUUUUAUUCCGUCCGGCUAUUUUCGCCUUCAAAAUUCAUUUAUUUUCUCCUCGCUGCCUAUUUAAUUUGAACCAGUUAAGAUGCAUAAUUAGUAUUUCAAUCUUUCCUCCAAUCCUCCUUUCCUCCCUCCCUCCUCUGGCUCUCUCUCACUCUUUCUCUCUCUCUCCCUCCCUCUUCCGCACUCUAUUUCUCACUCGUGCAAUUUCUACUUGUCUCUGUCGCUACGGCAACCAAUGCUUUUCCCUACUUCCAGGCGCUCUGUCUCUCUCCCACUCCCUUCUUCAGUGGCAUGAGAGAUGAUUGGAGCGGCGAGGAGUCAGUGAACAGGCUGAAGCGAUGAAGCAAUGCUCCAUCUCUCCCCACAUUGGAUUCAUUCCCCUUUGGAGCUUCCUGCUGGUCACUGUAAUUUUUUGCACUGCCACUGGUGACACAGAUGACAGGAAGUGGGAGGAGUUGGGCGAAAAGCAGAUGCCAGUCACGGCGCAGGCCAGCACCACUCAGCUGUGGGCAGUGGACUGGGGUCCCACGCAGCCCCUGGAGGACGAAACCCAUCACUUGCUGUCCAGUCUGGAGACGGAGGGUUUGAGGGUGACUACGCCCGAGGACUGGUCGCACCGUCGAAGCGCGGCCGCCAAUCAAACGCAACGCCCGACUACAGGAGAGAGGGACAAGAUAGAGACAGAAGAGCAGGGCACCGAGGAAGUGGACCCACAGUUUUAUGUGACAGUGACGAUCUCAUCUCUGCUGAUUCUCUCUGCGGUCGUCAUCUCUGCUAAACUCUGUUACGACCGCAGUCUCUCGCAGCGUCCUCCGCCUCUCUCCCUCGCCAUCCCUCGCUCCAUAGCUCAGGAGGACAGCAGGCAGACACUGCACAGCACUCCAUCCUUCGCCGACAGAGAGAGGAUACCAGUGGUCAAUCUUUGAAGAGCUGACUCUUCCGAGCAUGAUAAUCAAAUCCCGCGGGCUUCGGUGUGGCCGUUGGUGAGAACACGUGGGCAAGCCAUGUGAAUGUACAUAACAUGUAGAUAGACACAUGUGGAUAUAUGAAUGAAUACAUCUGUUUGGGCACUCUGAUUGAGACUGUGAGGUUUUGUGGUCCAGUGGCUCUUCGUUUCUGGCUGUACCUCUUUCUUCCAGUGCUGUUUGUACAGUAUUAUUCUCAUUAGCUCAACGCAGCCAUUCACAAGGGCUCUGGGAAUGCUAUGUCCUCUACCAUAAAAACAAUCAUUAGCUUCUGAUCCUGGAAUAAGCUGUGAUGUAUGUAGUCAUUAAUUUAGUAACCGGCAUCGUGACAUGCUUGCAGUAGCCUCUCUCUCAUGCAUACAAAGGUUACAGCCGCCUACCGCUGCCUUUAUCGCACUUUGUGUAGCAUUUAUUUGAGCUUAAUGAAUGACUGCAAUUAUUUUGAAGAGUUAAAUAUAAUUCACAUGAUUUGUUUAUAGUGUUUUGUUUCAUAUCGCUCCGUGUUCCAUGGCAACAGCAGACUGCAAUGACGUCAGCUGUUAUCUGGAAACACCUCUGCAGUGUUACCUUAUAAUUUACACUAAUUAUCAGAUGGUCGUUUUUGUAAAUCUGACUCAACAUCUGUUGAGGUGUUCGUGAAAACCUACGUAAUUCUAUUCCGAGCGUGUUGUUAUGCUUCUUAUUAGCUUUAUACUUCUAAAUCAUGGCCAUAUAGCUCUUCUCGGGGGUCUUUUUUGGUUAGCGGAGAGCUAGCACUUACCACAGUGACUGGUGUGUGUGUGGUGUUUUCAUGUUGAGUUAAUGGAAAGCACAAUUUAGGACAUGUAUGAUGAAGUACUGAAAAAUAAGCUUGGUGCUUUCAUGGCAUUUUUUUAGUUUGAUAAGCAAUUAAAAAACACGCCACACAGGUUUGUUUGAUGUAUCGCUACGCUAACAACCCAUGGCUAGCGUCUUGGUUAUGAACCGCAACUAUCAGGAGGGUUUGGGUUUUUAGAUGAUAACAACAUUUUUAAAUAUGUCCUGAAGUCAGUGUUGCUACCAGGUUUACUUCUGUAUUUUUGACUAAUUUGAUAAUGAAAGUGAAUACUCAACAGGAAAAAUUAAGGAAGUGUGUUUUUAAGGACAAGUGUGAAAAAUUGUCUUUCUAUCGCAGAAUAUAGUCUGACUGAAUGCAAAUUUGCAAAGUCAGUGUGUGGAUAGCUAAUUGGCUAAUCAAUGGUUAGCGUUAUCCAAUAUAGCGCAACAGUGUCCGCCCACUUUAUCAGCGGGCUUAAUUUCUGAAGUAUUUUUCCCAUUCUUUUUUCCAAAAGGGGUCUAAAAUAAAGUCAAGACAUGAACCAAAUCAACAAGGUUAUUUACAACAUUACAAACUUUCAUUUGAAGCAAAAAAGUAUUUGAAAAUCAGACAAAAGGUGCAAGACUGUACUUCCAAUAUGGAUUGUGAAUGACAUAAUGGAAUUAAAAAUAAUGCGGAGAUAUAAAACCAUUGACUUUAAAGAUGUUGAUUAUAUAUAGAAGUGAUAUAUUUCAUGUUUAUGGCAAAGUAUGCAUAUUAUACAAAUAUUUAAGUCAUUUGAGAGUUUAGUGAGACUGACUCUAAUUCAGUUUUGGCAGUGCUUCAUGGUAAUGUGCAGGUGGUGAAGUGUUCUUUUGGCACCAUUUGCUUAUCACGAUUCUCUGAUUAUUGGAGAUUUCUCUGUAAGAGUCGUGAGUGAUUUAGAUUUUCACUAAAAACAAGUCUCAAUAAUGCAGGUUGAGUGCUUCAACAGAAAUCUGUAACAACCUCGUAGCUCACAGUAGGUCUGUCCUUGAUGGUAUAUUAAGUUAGCAUUAAAAACCAGUUCCCGUAUGGAGAAAUUGAGUGGGAUUUUUACUUCCAGAACCUGACUUUGCAUUCUGUAGCCUGUGUGGUCUGUCUUAGUAAAAGGAAAGUUGUUUCAGAGGAAUUGUUCACAAUAUUACCAAGAACAUAUAUUAAGAUGAUCACUUUUACAUAUUGUUACAUUCUCACUUUAAACCAGAAGUAAUAUAAGCUGAAUUUUCCAAGGAAAUCAUAAUCAUCCCCUCUCAAACAACCAUGUAACUCAUGAAAAA